CCAUGGCCUCCGAUACGUUUACCAGAUCUCUCGAUGUUGAUAGCUCUAAAAAUGAGUUAACAAUUCAUCAGUCGUACAUUGGAGAUGUUGGAUGCGUUGUCUGGGACGCUGCACUCGUUUUGAGCAAGUUCAUUGAUUUUGCUCAUGCACAGCAACCCGUCAAAACCGAGCCUGAGCGCCGCCACGGUGUACUUGAUUCAGCGUUAUUGCUGAUCCAGCGGAUCAACACUGCGACGGCUGUAGAGUUAGGGGGAGGAACAGGAGUUGUUGGGCUCCUGGCAGCGUCUCUAGGAUGCAACACAUAUAUAACAGACCUAGAAGAUCUGAUGCCUCUCAUUCAAAAGAACAUAGAGCAAAACAACCUGCAAGAGAAAGCCACUGCCACUGUUUUGAGAUGGGGAGAGCACAAAAAUAUCAGCCUCCCUGAAGCUGAUCUGCUUCUUGUAGCUGAUUGUGUUUAUUAUCCUGAGUCGCUCCUGCCACUUUUGGACACAAUAUCGGCCCUGGCUGGCCCCAGUACUAUUGUACUGGUCAGCUAUGAAGACAGGGAUUCGGAGAUGAAGCAGGCGUUGCAGAAGACGUUUUCAGAAUCUCUACGGAAAGAAUUCGAAGUGGAAGAGGUGCCGACGGAUCAACUGCAUCCCGAAUAUAGGGCUCAAGACAUCCACGUCUUAGUGGCUAGGAAAAUGACUUGAAGGUCGCGUCGCAUCGUACGUGAUGAUGAUUUGUGACUAACUGUGAUAGGCCGGGUGACUCCAGAGCAUGAGAAGAAACUACUGGUGACGCGCGUAUGUACGUCUUGAAACGUGUUUGAUAUGUUCUGCCGCACAUAUCAACGUCGUGCAAGAGGGUGCUGAUCAUGAGCCUGAAUGUGGCAGCCUGCGCAAAACAAAUUUUGUUCAUGGAGCUGGCCGCUUGAAAUGUCUCCAAAAACUUGAAUCAUUUGUUCAAGAGAUUGGGUAUAGCAAAAACUUGUCAGAAUUCGUUUUCGCUCAACAUGUCGGAAAAACAGGUACAUAAAGCCUCUUCCCUUCCCCAACCAAUACGAGCGCAUUAUUUGCUUUGAAGAAACACUUCUUUAACCGUUUGCGUCAAUCGUCAGCACUUUGUCUUCAGCCGUAACGUCAUGUGCCAACACACCGCUGUAAUGAAGUUCCACCAGCUGAUUCUUGUCUCACAUUGGAUUGGUGCUGAGCCCAAAACUUAAAAGAAUUGAUGUAGAAUACACAAAAAGGCUGCAAUUUAUCGAAAGUAGAUCCUCUGAGACUGAACAUCUUGUCUAUAUGUGUGCCGAAAUAUGCUGUGCCGCUGUGUCUGUGUAGUGAAACUGCAAUUCGCUAUAUGUCUGCCGACGCGUGGUGAACUUUGCUUAUUAUUUAUUGUAUUUCUUUGCAGUUUGAGGCUUCAGACAAGAGCGAACGGUGAAAUAUCGAUUAAAAAAUUUGUGGCGUGAAAAAGUCGUGACACAUAAAAAGAAAGUGCCGCUAACGCCCUUCAUGUCUAUCCGAACAACGAUGUUUCGGCGGCUCAAUUCCAUUCAUAAAGCUCUAGCAGUUUCACAGAAAUAACUUACGCGAAUACAAGUGUUUAGUCCACACAGGCCGCUUAAAACCAGGAAUUGCUGACAAUUGGUGUGCGUUUCAAGUGAAUGCGCAAAUUUCUGACGUAUUUUUGAUUGUUUUAAGCGACUGGCACUGCAGCCGUGUAUUCCUCAAAACGAGUUGUUCUUGAUUCUGCAUCAGUGGGAUCGAUUUCGACUCUUGCGGUGCGUUGGUUUGGUUCGGACCUAGACUCCGAUCGGCAUUGUGCUACUGUAGAGUCAACCCUGCGCCAUUAAAGUUCAAAUGGGGUGUUUGAUUUACAGCGGUGUAAGUUUGCGCGUGAGUGUGGUAUUUUUGUACAUUGAACUAUAACGCUGGGAAUAUACCUUACUGCCCGCAUUGAUUUUUAGUUUGCUCACCGAUGACUUGCGAAGUCAACUCCUAAAAUUCGGUUGGUUACGGGAAGCUUUGUGGGUUCACCCUUAAGCUAAUUUGAAUCUGCAAAACGUGUAUCGGCUGUCAGUGCACAAUGAGUGACCAGCGAAUGUGCUGAUGAGUCUGCAACAAAACAAUGAAUUUGUUGUUUCAUGCUACAAAUCAUCAUCAACCAUCACAGUGACCACUUAUCUGCGCUCACGUUGUACCGGGCU